AUGGAGCAAACCAAGGCCUUGAAUGCUUUGGAGCCGUUCCUCGCCCUGUCAAAGUCAGCCACCUCCCCUCGAGCCGCGGCCGAUCUCGUCACCCGCGCAACCUCCGCCCCAAACACCUUCAUCUUCGCCGAGCUCCUCCAGACACCCCAGAUCCAGGCCCUAGCAGCCAGCCCGGAAUUCACCUCACACCUGACGCUGCUCCAAAUCUUCUCCUACGGCUCCUACGGGACAUACAAUGCCACGCCUGACCUACCCGCAUUGAACGACACUCAGAUCCUCAAGCUCCGACAGCUCUCGCUGCUGUCCCUCGCCGGCGAUCGAUCAAGCCUAUCAUACGAUGCGUUGCAGAAAGCUCUAGGCCUCUCCUCGGCCCGAGAGGUCGAGGACCUCGUCAUCACCGCCAUCUACGCCGGCCUCUUGCAUGCCACGCUCGAUCCCGCUCGCCAAGCCAUCCAGGUGUCGAGCAUCGCCCCCCUCCGCGACCUCGCUCCCGGCACGAUUCCAGACAUGAUCAACGCCCUGCAGAACUGGGCUGGCCGUUGCCAGUCUACUCUUGGGGAUCUUGAAGAGCAGAUCAAAAACAUUCGUGAAGCCGCCAUCACACGGGAGAUAGAAAAGCGAGCAUCGGACAAGAAGUUGCAGGGGUUGAUGGAAAGCCUGGGCGAAUCAAACAAAGGCGACGGCAAUAUGCUAUCAGCGUACCAACGGGACAAUCUAACUCGCAGAGGUAUCAAUAAGCGUACCAUAGCUGAUCCCUUCAACGCAACUGCAUCCACCGAGUCGAUGGAUCUUGAUGAUUUAUUGGGGCCAGAAGACCCGGCCAAGAGGGCUAGCAAGAGGAAGCUAUAA